AUAGCGAUCGAUGGAGUGGACAUUCGUGAUCUGGACAUCAAGUGGUACCGCAGUCAGCUGGGCGUCGUUUCACUGGAACCAGUCCUCUUCUGCGGCGCUGUCGCCGAGAAUAUCGCUCUUGGCCAGCCCAAUGCCAUUCAAGCGGACACUGAAAAAGCCGCUAAAAUGGCCGACGUGCAUGACUUCAUUCUGUCAUUGCCAGACGCUUAUGAGACACCGGUUGCUGAAGGUGGUGGAAGCAUGUCUGGUGGCCAAAAGU